CUCGUAUGUGGCACUCACAGAACACAACGACCACCUCUUCCUGCUCCUGUCGCUCUGGGUAUCAGCCUUGACCAGUCAUAAGCCGUCAUGUUAACGAGAUCGUGGGCAUUUACACUCGGCCGCCAUGGACGGAGAAGAGUGCGGGACAUGUGGCUCAACCGAGUUUUACGAUGAAGAUGGCAGGAUCUUUUGUGCAAACGGUCAUGACCAGGAUCUGGGCCUGGCGACUGCCGAGGACGACGCCGACUUUGGGAGGCAGGGCACCGUGGUGAGAAAGAAGGAAAUCAAAACGAAGCAAAAGAUUUCCAAAGUGCUUCGUGGGUCCAAAGCUUACCAACUCUUUCUUCAAUCAUGGCAGCUCAUCCUGUGGAAGCAAUGCUAUGCGCUAGUCCAUCAGAAAGGAUUGCCGGCAGAGUUGUGGGCAGUUGUCCGGGACCUCUGGGCACUGUGGCUCUCGAAGCUAGAGCAUCGGCUCAGCGACAGUCUCGCAGAUGCGAUGGACAAAGCAAACACGACAGCAAGCUCAGGCAACGAGACGGAUACCGAUCUGGAUGCUGAUGUGAAGGGUGAGCCCGAGGGCAAAAAACACACACACCUCUAUCCUAUGCUUGUUGAUACGAUAGCCUUGAACUAUCUGGGCAUUGUCAUGCUAAGGAGACCCGUGGGACUGGCCAAAGUCUUGAAAUGGAUACUACAAGAAGACAUUCCGUUCAUCCGCGCCAUCAGAUAUGUCCCUCAAGACAUGAAAGACAGAUUGCCGGGAGAGUAUCAGCAAGCUUUGGAUACAUUACGGCUAUUGGAUUCUGAUGACCUUCAGAAGGCUAUCUAUCACCGCGCAAGAUGGUAUGACGCAUCGUUUGGCAUGGUGAUGCCACAGAUAAAUCAGAAUCUCUUGCUUCUCGACUAUAUCCGCCAACUUGCUCUGCCACCCGAGGUCUACAGCAUGGCUCGUCGGCUCAAUAUCAUCACCAGGUACGACUUCUGCUAUUCUGGUACUGCAAAAUCGCCGCAUCCAACGAGGCGUCAACCAACAACAUACCCAGAGAGCCAGCUCAUGUCUCUUGUCGUGGUUGCCACAAAGCUUCUCUUCCCAUUCGACUCAGAGAACGUAAAGCGCUAUCCACAAGAUCCCAACGAUCCAGCAACAUUAUGUAUGAAUUGGCCAUCCUGGCUGGAAACCAAAGCGAACUUUGACAAUCAAAUCGCAGCUGGCGAAGACCGUAACGUCCUCAAACCAGGAUCUGAGGUCCAUGUUACAGAUAGUGACAUCCUCGACAUGACUGACCAGCAACUGGACCAGUACAUGGACUGGUACCAGAAGACGUGGGUCACAGGUAAACAUACCUCACCAACAGAUCAAGCGACAGAUCAAGGCAUCGAGAGAGAUAUUCUCGAAAUGUUCCCACUCCAUGACGUCCCCGAGCGUCCUAAGACACUGGCAGAGAAUGAGAAAGCCAAUGUGGAAGAACAGUCUCGUCUCAGUGCGCGGAUCAUGCAUGUCCAAUGCUCUCUAAAGGCACGACGGGCCAUCACUCUGGAAGAAGAAAGCGAGCGAAGUCUAGACGUUCUGCGCCCCGGGUCUCGAUACCCGCGAUACCCCAAAGUCGACGACCUGGAUAAGGCGGCAGAGAGUGCCGUUGUGAAGGUGUUCCACCAGGAAGCGGCCGAGGGAGCUUGUUUGAGUGUCAAGGCCUUGUUGCUGGCUGUGAAUCGUACAGAGGAGAAAAUGGAACAGUGGCUUGUGGAUAGGAGACGGGAGGAGGCGUUCGGCGCGGGAAUGGAGCAGAGUGAAAAUAGUGGGGACCACGGCGACCGAGACCCUGGGGAAGACAUGGAUUUCAUCCCUGAGACGAGUCCCCCGGGAAAACUGGCGAGAGACAUGGAGGGCUUGGAGAUUGGGCAGUCACCCGAUGUCCAGGGCGAGAUCGAAGGGGCUGUUGACAUGGAGAUGUUGCUUCACUCGUCACUCGGAGCGUGAGGCUCUGAAGGUGGCCAACGAAGGAUAGCAAUUGCUGCUUGUACAUUGUGGUUAUCGCUCCAUCAUUCAUGAAGGCCGCUUGCCUGUCUGUGCAGGCUCUCAGCAUAUCGACUGUACAUCGUUGAGGGUGCCUAGACCGACCGAGUUCGUGCCUCGUCUUCAUUCGGC